AUGGUCUUGGAUGAAGAGAUCAGAGGAGAUGGUACUGUCAAUAUGCCGUGGGUGGAAAAGUACCGUCCAGCUUCCCUCACUGAACUCAUUGCUCAUGAAGAAAUCACUGAAACGCUUAUGAAAUUGAUCAAUGAAAACCGCUUGCCACAUUUACUGUUUUAUGGUCCUCCUGGGACAGGGAAAACGAGUGCCAUAUUGGCCGCUGCAAGAAUGAUGUAUACGCCGAAGCAGUUAUCAUCCAUGGUUUUAGAACUAAACGCAUCUGAUGAUCGAGGUAUUGGAAUUGUUCGCGAGCAGAUCAUUAAUUUUGCCCAAACGAGCACAUUAAAUAUAGACAAGAACCAAGGAAAUAUACCGAAAUUGAUCGUCCUAGAUGAAGCUGAUGCUAUGACGAAGGAUGCACAGAGUGCCUUAAGACGUGUAAUUGAAAAAUUCACAGACAAUGUUCGAUUCUGUAUUAUAUGUAAUUAUUUAUCGAAAAUCAUUCCGGCAAUUCAGUCACGCUGCACACGUCUGCGUUUCGCCCCACUUUCAAGUGAACAAAUAAUACCACGGUUGCAUCAUAUCGUGCAGGCGGAAUCACUGAUUGUAACGGAAGACGGUGAGAAAGCGCUAUUAAAUUUGGCUCAAGGAGACAUGAGACGGGUUAUUAACAUUUUGCAGAGCACAGCAAUGGCUUUUAAAAAAGUUGAUGAACGAAAUGUUUAUCAAUGUGUGGGUUAUCCCCUACCAACUGAUGUUGAUAAAAUUGUGAGAAUACUAUUAAACGAUUCAAUAGAAGAUGCUUAUACAAAAAUAGAAGAAAUUCGAAAUGAACGUGCAUUUGCACUCAGCGAUAUAUUGAACUCAAUGCAUGGUUUCAUAUUCCGUCUCGUUAUACCACCAGAAUUAUUAAGCCGACUGAUAAUUUCUAUGGCGGAUAUCGAGUACCAUCUGUCGCAGGGUUGUUCAGAUCGAUUACAACUUGGGGCUUUAAUUGGUGCUUUUAUCAGAGCUCGCAGUGAAAUGGUAAAACUUGCUCCUGGGAAGAUGCAAAAUUCAGGUGUUGGUCCGAAUCAGCCAGUAUAUUAUCAACAGACGCAAGGUACAAAAACGGCUGUAGGAAGAGGAUAUUUAACAUUUGCUCAAAUAUUAAUUGGUGCAGGUGGUGCUAUGAUGAUGGGUUAUCCACCAUCCACAACUGAUCAGCGUCAGCAACAACAACAACAGCAGAUGAUGAAUAUGCAGGGAGUAGCGACAGCUCAGAUGUAUGGUAGUGGAGGUACAAACAUGCAGGGGACUUCUCAAGAAUCCUCGCCGGGAAUACGACCAUCACAAUCUCAAUCUAAUUAUUCGCUAGGAGUGCAAUCGCAAACGUCAAAUGAGCAACAACAACAACAACAGCAACAGUUUCAAAAUCGACAAUCUUAUCAGCCCCAGCAACAAUCGCAAAGGCAACAAUCACAACAAUCUACUCAAAGAGCAGCGGACCAGGCUGAUGAAAAAUCAAAGAAAGAAGAAACGAAAAUAACUCGACCAAUGAAUCCUCCACCAUAUUCACCCGAGAUUCUGACUGAUCUUUCCAAAUAUUCAGUUGCUUCUUUGGCAUGUAUCGGUCGUGAAUUAGUCCAGGAGUUACUGCUUAGAACUUAUACAUUGAUGACAAGUUUGACGAAAUCGGUAGAUCGUUGGCACCAACAACAAGGUAUAAGCGAUCCGGAACAACUGCUUUCAUAUUGUGAAUAUAUUCUAUCGAAGAUCACAGAAAUAAGAUUACGUAUUGAUUAUGUGCCAAAGGUGGCUAACAUCAGUGAGGAUGAAUUCAUUACAUUAAUGACCGAUCCAAGUCCUCCACAUAAACCACCUGAACUGAUAGCCAAGGAAGAGACAUUUGAAGUACAACGACGAAAGCUGGUGAAGCUGAAUACAGCGCUAAAAAAUCUGGAUUGGAUGUGUUUAGUUUCCGAUCCACGUUUUUUAAAGAAAGCAGAUAAGAGUUGA